CUGGCUUUCCCACCCACUCUGCUUAUCCACUCGCGCUCGCCGAGCAAGCGGCCACGAGAUUGGCCACGCGCUCCUCACCUCGCCUUCCCCAAACCUCUCCAAAACCUCGCGGCUGCGGCUUCCAGCGCCAUGCGCGCCUCCUCCUCCGCCGCCCUCCGAGAUGCCGCGCCCGCCCACUAACCCCACGCUCAACCCACCCUUCCUCCCACUCGCCUCCCUUCCCUCGGCGCGCGCCAUCCCGCCCACCCGCCUCUACCCGGAGAAGCGCCCACGACGUCUCAGCUCGGCCGCCGUCUCGGUGGUGGCCUCCACCUCCUUCUCCGCAGACCCGAGCGCGGAGCUGCGAGCACUCUGCUCCCAUGGCCAGCUCGCGCAGGCGCUCUGGCUCCUCGAGUCCUCUGCCGAGCCGCCCGACGAGGACGCCUACGUCGCGCUGUUCCGCCUCUGCGAGUGGCGCCGCGCGGUGGAACCCGGGCUGCGCGCGUGUGCGCACGCGGACGAACGGCACGCGUGGUUCGGGCUCCGCCUCGGGAACGCCAUGCUCAGCAUGCUUGUCAGGUUCGGGGAGACGUGGCAGGCGUGGAAGGUGUUCGCCAAAAUGCCCGAGCGGGACGUCUUCUCCUGGAACAUCAUGGUGGGCGGGUACGGGAAGGCCGGGUUGCUGGAGGAGGCGCUGGACCUGUACCACAGGAUGAUGUGGGCAGGUGUGAGGCCGGAUGUCUACACGUUCCCUUGCGUGCUGCGGAGUUGUGGCGGCGUCCCAGACUGGAGGAUGGGGAGGGAGGUGCAUGCACAUGUCCUCCGGUUUGGGUUUGGGGGCGAGGUUGACGUCCUCAAUGCACUCAUGACCAUGUAUGCUAAAUGUGGGGAUGCUGUGGCUGCACGUAAGGUGUUUGACAGUAUGACCAUGAUGGACUGUAUCUCAUGGAAUGCGAUGAUUGCUGGGCAUUUUGAGAAUGAUGAGUGCAACACAGGGUUGGAGUUGUUUCUUACCAUGCUGGAGGAUGAGGUGCAGCCUAACCUCAUGACGAUAACUAGUGUGACUGUUGCAUCAGGUUUGUUAUCAGAUAUAAGUUUUGCAAAGGAAAUGCAUGGGCUUGCCGUGAAGAGGGGUUUUGCCACCGACGUUGCAUUUUGUAACUCUUUGAUUCAAAUGUAUGCGAGUCUUGGGAUGAUGGGGCAAGCAAGAACAGUGUUCUCAAGAAUGGAUACUAGAGAUGCCAUGUCAUGGACGGCUAUGAUAUCUGGGUAUGAGAAAAAUGGUUUCCCAGAUAAAGCUCUUGAAGUGUAUGCACUGAUGGAAGUGAACAAUGUAAGUCCUGAUGAUAUUACUAUUGCAAGUGCCCUUGCUGCUUGUGCUUGCUUGGGGCGUUUGGAUGUUGGCGUCAAGUUGCAUGAGCUUGCUGAGAGCAAGGGAUUCAUGAGCUACAUCAUAGUUGCAAAUGCACUCCUUGAAAUGUAUGCAAAGUCCAAGCACAUUGAUAAGGCUAUUGAAGUUUUUAAGUGCAUGCCUGAGAAGGAUGUAGUAUCAUGGAGUUCAAUGAUCGCAGGAUUUUGCUUCAACCAUAGGAACUUUGAGGCUCUUUAUUAUUUCAGGCAUAUGCUGGCAGAUGUGAAGCCCAAUUCUGUCACUUUUAUAGCUGCUCUUGCGGCUUGUGCUGCUACUGGGGCUUUGAGGAGUGGUAAGGAGAUCCAUGCACAUGUUUUAAGGCAUGGUAUUGGAUCUGAAGGUUAUUUACCCAAUGCCCUUAUCGACCUGUAUGUAAAAUGUGGCCAGACAGGUUAUGCUUGGACACAGUUCUGUGCGCACGGUGCAAAGGAUGUUGUGUCUUGGAAUACCAUGCUUGCUGGUUUUGUAGCUCAUGGGCAUGGGGAUACUGCUCUAUCGUUCUUCAAUCAAAUGGUGAAAACUGGAGAGUGUCCGGAUGAAGUUACGUUUGUCGCUCUGUUAUGUGCUUGUAGUAGGGGUGGAAUGGUCAGUGAAGGUUGGGAACUUUUUCACAGCAUGACUGAGAAAUACUCUAUUGUUCCAAAUCUCAAGCACUAUGCAUGCAUGGUGGAUCUGCUAAGUCGUGUUGGGCAACUGGCAGAAGCUCACAACUUUAUAAAUGAAAUGCCUAUCGCACCAGAUGCUGCUGUUUGGGGAGCCUUGCUAAAUGGAUGCCGGAUACACCGGCAUGUUGAACUUGGCGAGCUUGCGGCAAAAUAUGUUCUUGAAUUGGAGCCUAAUGAUGCUGGAUAUCAUGUUCUUUUGUGUGAUCUAUAUGCCGAUGCUGGUAGAUGGGAUAAAUUGGCCAGGGUGAGGAAAACCAUGCGGGAUAAAGGAUUGGAUCAUGAUUCUGGAUGUAGCUGGGUUGAGGUUAAAGGAGUGGUCCAUGCAUUUUUAACGGAUGAUGAAUCACAUCCACAGAUCAGAGAAAUAAAUACUGUUCUUGAAGGAAUAUAUGAGCGGAUGAAAGCAUCUGGUUGUGCUCCUGUUGAAUCUCAUUCUCCAGAAGAUAAAGAAGUAUCCAAGGAUGACAUUUUUUGUGGUCACAGCGAAAGACUUGCUGUAGCUUUUGGUUUGAUCAAUACCGCACCUGGCACCCUAGUUUCUGUCACCAAAAACCAGUACACAUGCCAGAGUUGUCACAGGAUAUUGAAGAUGAUUUCUAACAUCGUACGAAGAGAUAUAAUUGUUAGGGACAGUAAUCAACUCCACCAUUUUAAGGAUGGAAGUUGUACAUGUGGAGAUGAAGGUUAUGUGUGAAGGACUUGCAGAGGGGAGGCUAGCUAGCUAUGUUGCAUAUACCCUUGUGCUAUUAUUUAUAUGGUACACGUCAGUCGCUAGCAAGUAGCAGGGCAAGCUGGAUACUUGGCAAGCUCGAGAUAGCCUACAUGGCAGCAGCAGCACUGCUUGGAUCAACAGAACUCAUAUUUUGAGUUAUAUAUAGCAGUUUCGUGCAGAAUAGUUAACUUGUUACAGGGCAAGUGCAGAAAUUAUACUCAUGUAAUGCAACUUCAUAUUCUCACAAAGCAUGCCCAUUGAAGUCUGCUGAAGCUUAUCUUGGAGCUUAUCUUUGCUUCCAACAACUUGCCAAAAAGAAAUAUCAAGAAAGCUUGAGCUAUAGAGGAUAGUUUAGUUGGUGCAUAAUGUUUUGUUGAAUAGGCUUUAUUAGUCUUAACUGUAAUUCUAAUGCCUAUCAACCAUAGUUUAGAGAGAUAUAGAGCUGCAAUUUUGCCAUAGUUAGUCAUAUUAAGUAUGUGAAACUUCAAAUUAUAUAUUUUGGCAUUGCAUUGUGUCCUUUGGUGUAAUUUGGAAAACAAAAGCUGAUAAAUCAUGUACAACUAAAAGGAAAAUCUGGGACGCGGAUUUAUGCUUGGACCAUGCAGAUAGAUAAUUCAAGACUAAGAGUUCCUGUGA